AUGCCUGUUAAGAAUCCGUUUGCAGUUCCUUUAUUCUCCCUGUGGCGAGGACCGCUUGAACUUAACCAAUUACUUUGCACGACCGUACACCAUCUUUCUGCCCAGUUUUGUUGUCACUGUCACUACAUCCCAGAAACAAUGCCUAGUAGGCGAGUCACGAAGAAUGGUACCCGCGGCUCACAUCAGGUGCACAUGAAUAAGGUGAAGUUUGACCCUUACCGUUACAAGUUAGACGAUGAAAAGGUACCUGCCAGCGUUUUGGCACGCAUGACAAGUUUGUGCUGUCGCCGCUGCUGUGAUAUACUGCAAUGGAAGGUUGACUACGGUAAGUACGCUCAACUACAGCGUCGUAAAAAGUGCAAUCACUGCGGCGAGAAUUCAAUUUCCCAUGCAUAUCAUCAUAUAUGCCAGACCUGUGCAGCAACUCUGCGGUGCUGUGCGAAGUGUCAAAAGCCUCCGGGUACGCCUUACGAGGCGACAACAAUGGAGAGUAGUGGUGAAGACACGGAGGAUUGUGAUAGUGAAGGGGAUCCUCAUGGAGACGCUUCGGUCCCGAGGCAAGGAGGGGGAACAGGUGCAAUGCCGGUGAAGCGCAGCUCGUGUAGCAACUUCUUGUUUGUUGACCGGGAAGAUAGUGACGAGGAUUUGAAACCGUUGAGAGGAUUAGACAUCCGUCAGCUAAAGGCCUCGAAGCAAGCUAAUGUCCGGCAACAAGAGCGAGAACGCCUAGGCCGUUUGAGGGAGCGCGAACGGCGGACAAUUCUCCGGCGUUCCGCCAAAGGGCCAGGGUGUGACGAUGAGGAUGAUGACUCUAUUGAUGAGGAAUAG